CAUUGUAUCUCAUUUAUCACUUUCUCGCAAACCGAUUCACCGUGUGGUGAGAGAUAACAUAGGAAGCAGUGAUUCCAGGGACCUCAAAUGUAGCGUGAUGCGGGAUGGGUAACUUUAAGCAUAUCAAAAGUGAAAGGAAUAAACGCUUUUACAGAUUAACGACCAUGAAGCGAAAACAAAAAGAAAAUAAACAAAAAUGAGCCUCACCGAUUUCUUCUUUGUCUUGGACAAUACCUUCCCUCUCCGUCCUUUGGCUCAAUGAAGUCCAUAUUCCGGUUUAGGAAUAACACUUAGUUUCGCAACCCAAAGCUCUUUUUGCUGUUCAGUUCAAAUGCUGUUCAUUUCAAAUACUGUUCAGUUCCAGCCUGGGGAAUAAAAGGAGUCGAUGGUCAGGUUCGUUAUUCAAACCCGAGUAUGAAGUAGCUGUUGACUCAAUUAAUACGAGAGGAACAAAUCUCUGAAUGAUCUUUAUGUCGGUACUUCUCGCAAAUAGGGCGUGGUUGAACUGUUAAGUGGUUGGGUGAGUCAAUAUUGUUCUACAGAUCAUGAGAAGCAUUACAAGCGAUGUUUAUUGACAUUUGAAAUCGUUUGAGAGCUCCAGUCUCUCAUUUAUUACCCAUCAGAUGUUAUCAUAUCAAUCAAUACCCAGUCAGUUCUUGGAAGCACUUUAAAAAUUCGACUACUAGACUGUCAGCCAUACAUACGGAAGCAAUUCAAUCCAUUCCAUUUCACGAAGCAGGUUUGGAUCAACUUUGUGUUUUGCUUUUACAUCAAAAGGUUCUUCUAUAGCUGCUAUAACUCACCUGCUCCUGUCAAACAUUAACAUUUUUUAAAACAUUAAUUUAGUUCAUGAAGUGUCUUGAUUUCUUUGGUGAAGAAAGAAAGAAUUAGACGUAAUAGCAAAAGUGCAGUCUUUAAUAAUCACAUGGUAGUAAUUAAAAACUAAAAAUAGAUUUAGUCCUAUCCUCAGGCUUGGUAAAUAUGAUUAGAAAUUAAUUUGUGAUGAAGCAUUAUUUCUUUUGUUGCCUCUCUAGGUUUAUCAGAAAGCGGAACAAUUUUUCCAAUCAGUGAUAAGAGGCCAACCCCCUUUGUUGCAGCUGAUCAGCCUUCUAAAGGACUCCGAGAAGAAUUGAUUCACUCAACUCAUCAUGAACUUCAAGGUGCAGAAGGCCCCUCUGUUGGCCACUUUCCAGUACAGUCAUCCAUGGAAUAUGAACAGUUUUCUCUUUCCAGAGUUGCUGCAUCUCAAGACAAACCCAUUGAUCGAAGGAGUUUCACUCAGAGCCAGAACAGAUAUUCACCCUCUGAACAUUGUCAGAGUCCAUUUGCUGGAGCCAGUUCAACAUAUUGUGCAGGACCUGAAAAUCAAAGAUGUCAUCCUCAAGGUUCUUCUAGCUAUAGCUCACCUGCUCCUGUAGCUGUGGAUCAUACUCAAGGGAGUCUUUCUGAAGCCUUUGUAAAUCAGAAUUAUCAUGGGAGCCAGAACUAUCCUCAGAGCCACAACAGGCAUCCAUCUUCUGAACACAGUCAGAACCCUUAUGCUGAAGCCAGUUCAAUGUAUUAUGGAGGAUUUGUUAAUCAGGAAUGUCAUCCUCAGGGUUCCUCUAGCUAUGGCUUGCCUGCUCCUGUAGCAGUUGAUUAUAGUCAGGGAAAUCAUCCUGCAGCCUUUUUAAAUCCAAAUAAUCAGGGAAGCCAAACCUUGCCUCAGAGUCAGAACAGACAGCCAUCUUCUGAAAAUGAUCACAAUCCAUAUGCUGGAGCCAGUUCAAUGCACUACAGUGGACUUUUUUAUCAGGGAUAUCAUCCUCGGGGCCACAGACAUUCAUCUCCUAAACAUGGUCAGAAUCCAUAUGCUGGAGCCAGUUCAAUAUAUUAUGGAGGAUUUCGUCAUCAGGAAUGUUAUCCUCAGGGUUCCUCUAGCCAUGGCUUGCCUGCUCCUGUAGCAGUGGAUUAUAGUCAGGGAAAUCAUCCUGCAGCCUUUUUAAAUCCAAAUAAUCAGGGAAGCCAAACCUUGCCUCAGAGUCAGAAGAGACAGCCAUGUUCUGAAAAUGAUCAGAAUCCAUAUGCUGGAGCCAGUUCAAUGCAUUACAGAGGACUUUUUUGUCAGGGAUAUCAUCCUCGGGGCCGCAAGAGACAUUCAUCUCCUAAACAUGGUCAGAAUCCAUAUGCUGGAGCCAGUUCAAUAUAUUAUGGAGGAUUUCGUCAUCAGGAACGUUAUCCUCAGGGUCCCUCUAGCUAUGGCUUGCCUGCUCCUGUAGCAGUGGAUUAUUGUCAGGGGAAUCAUCCUGCAGCCUUUUUAAAUCCAAAUAAUCAGGGAAGCCAAACCUUGCCUCAGAGUCAGAAGAGACAGCCAUGUUCUGAAAAUGAUCAGAAUCCAUAUGCUGGAGCCAGUUCAACACAUUACAGUGGACUUUCUUAUCAGGGAUAUCCUCAGGGUUCUGAGCAUUGUCUAGUUGUGGAACACCUUCAAGAUGAAUACAUCAGACGUUCCAAUGUAAAACCAUUGCUGUGGGACAGCGAUAUCCAACUACCUAUUGAUGACGUUUACACCAGGUUGCAAAUCAAAUGGAGAAGGAAAGCUUACUUUAAGCUAACAGAGAAGGAGGUUCACAUGUAUGAAAUUUUCAAGCCUGCUGAAGAAGGUGAAAAGGGCGCCAGAAUGGUACUUGUAGAAGGAAACCCCGGGAUUGGGAAGACUACAUUUUGUCUUAAAAUUGCCAGAGAUUGGGCCCAAAAGUUAGUACCAAUCGAGUUUCAUUUCCCCGCGUUUAAGUUUUUGUUCCUUCUGAAAUGCUGUGACAUUCACAAAGAUACCAAAGACAUGGUACAAGCUAUUGACGAGCAAGUUUUGCAUGAUGACAUGAAAAAUAAAACGCGUUUUCUGAAUUACAUCAGGGAUGAAAGGAACCAGAACGAGAUUCUUUUAAUCCUGGAUGGCCUUGAUGAGUUACCAGAAGCAUCGGGAAAAGUCGAUGCUUUCAAAACGUUUGCAGGAAACUUUGGGCUCAUGGUGUUAGGCUUUACCUCGCCUCAGUCCCUCGAGUAG